AUGUGCAGUAGUAUGAAUAUGGUAAAAAGUGAAAACGAUACAAUCAGAGGAGGAAGUGUUGUUAAGAAUAACAAUCAUCGGAAGUCAUACAAAGUUCAUCCAGAUGUUGAAGAUAUAGAACAACAACCACAACAACAACAAACGGAAUCAAUGGAUUUUGAAAAUUUUAAUUAUGAAAAAUAUAACAACGAUGAGAAAAUUUUAAGACCAGGAAUGAAUAGAGAAUCAGAAGAUUACAAACAAUCUUCUUCGAAUGAGAUAAUAACGGUUUUACCAUUGAAUUCUCAUUUACCCGAAUCAACCAUAGUAACUCACAGCAACAGAAUAAGACACAAAAAUCCGGAAAAUAUGGUUAGUAACGUUAAAACAACAGUACCGGAAACGACGGUUUAUUUCAAAAUAUAUCACGAUAAUAACCCUAACGGCAACGGUUUUAAAACAAAUUAUCAACCUGGUAUUUUUAACGAAGAGAACAACGUUCCAGAUCAAUCCUCAGCAGCACAACCAUUACCGAAUAACAUUGUGCCUACACCUCAUACCAAUUAUCAAAUGAGUCAAAUUAAUAACGUGCAGCACACCAUCGAAGAUAAUUCUUACGUUCCUUCGAAAAUGAUCGUUUCCGGUAAAGGAAAUGAAAAUCAUUUUACGUAUGUUCAUCGGCAAACACCCAAAAACUACGAAAAAUUACAACUGGAAACAAUUAAUCAAGUGGGAGAAGGUGAAAGCAUAAUCGUAAGCGAUGGACAAAAGUACAGACUAACUCCUCCGAAAAAUCAAUUUAAUGGCUUCGAACCAAAAAGAUUACCAAAAACAUCAUACCAAACGAGUAAUUUAGACAACAGCGGCUCUUCUGCGCAAAAAGUAUUCGGCCAUUUUGCCACACCAGUUUACGUCACCGGAAAUACGGUUCCAACCGUCAACGAAAAGGAUUCGAGUUAUUCCAGUACGUUGGUAGCCGAUUCAAGAAUACCACUAAAUUAUAAUCAUUAUUAUUCUGGUAAAAGUGAAAAUUAUAAAAUAUUACCAGAAAAGAAUUCUGCGCAAUCAAUGAUUGGAACCACAACAAACAAUAACGUACCUUUGACCUCUGAAAAAAAACAAGAACAACAACAAUUGUAUUACGUCACUCGGCCAAAUGACCAACCGACAAUGAUCGAACCGACAAGCCAAUCGCAAUUUAAAAUAAGUGUUACCGAAAAACCUGUACCUGGUCAAAUUAUAAAAACAAUAGCGUUUCGUGAUCAGGUACCGAUCACCCCAGAAGAUUAUAUAAAAAAAUAUCAAAAAGAUGUUGCCGAAAUACAAACAUCUUGGAAAAGUUGGAAUCAGGUCGGUCCGACGACGACUAUGAUGCCUAUAGUCUAUCAAAAAAAAAUUAAAAAUCUUCCAAAAUUAAUUAGCGAACCUGUAAAUUCAUUUCAUUUUGAAAUAAAUCCAUACAUCGACGUCGAUCAACUCAAUCAAAUUAGUUUCGAUCAUAAAAAAGCAUUAGAAGGAAGCACGAGUUUUGAUAUAAAUCACGCUAUUGGAAAUGUUAAAAGGGAAAGAACAAAAUCGACACAAUUUUCCACACCGUUCGAGAAUAAUUUAAAAUUAAAAACAAACGAAGAAAAUAAUCCACAGGAAACAAACGUAUCACAAUAUUUAUAUGCCUUACCUGCUAAACACAAAACACAACAAUCACAAUCCGCCAUAUUUAAAACUAACGAUCAACGCGAACCUAGCGGUUUUUAUUCGAACUUGGAUCAUUCUAUGACGUCAGCAACAGCCGACGCGUAUAACAAACCGGAAACGCAUGAGAUUUUCAUUGAAAAUCAAAAAGAAAAUAAUCAGGUGAUUAAAUUACAACAAAAUAAUAAAUUUGAUUCGUCAUUUACGAGAUUUAAACCGUUUAAAGAUAUGGCGGAUUAUUACAAGGGAGGAUUUCCUGCUCAAACGGAAUUAAAAACUCACGUUAAAUAUUCAGUGAUGCCAACUAAAAAAAAUCAUAAUAAUCGUAACAAUUAUUUAAAUUCUGAUAAUUAUUAUCAAGAAUCGAUGAAGGGUCAAAAAUAUAUUAUACAUUCACGUCCGAGUGGAAUAUUAAUGCCUCAAACGGAAACGGUUAAUAUUGAUUCGUUUCCGGUUAGAAAUAGAAAACCGAAUAAAAUAUUAUUAAAAACGGAAAGUAUGGGAAACGUUGAAAAUUUUGGAAAAAAAAUAAUUCCGAUUUUAAUUAAAAAAUCUAAAAAUCGUAGAGAUUUGGCUUUUGCUUUGCUCGCUUCGGCUUUUGCUGUUGAAGAUAUGAAAAAUUCCAAAAGAAGUUUGAGUAGCCUUAGUCUUUCACCCUGGAGUCCACCUUUACCAAGUUCCGGCCCACAUUUUGGAGGAUGGAAUCCACACUCUUUUGGUCCAGUAAGCCCAUUGCCAACUUUCACACCAUCUUACCCAGGAAAAUCAUUUCAUCUUGCUAGUUCAACAGCUGCCGAUAUUGCAGCAGCAGUUCACGCAGCAAAAGAAGCAACCGCAGCAGCUCAUUUGGCUCAACAAAAGGUUCAAGCCGCUAAAGAACAAGUUGUCAUUCAAGAAAGAGUUGCCGCAGCAAAAGAAGCUGCUGCUCAAGCUGCCAUUCAAAGAUCUGAAGCAGCCGCUCAAGUAGCUGCUGCCAUACACCGAUCGGAAGCUCUUGCAGCUGCUGCUGCUGCCGUACACAAAUCUGCUGCUGCACAUGCCGCUUCUGCUGCCGCCGCGAGCGCCGCCGGCCAUUUUUCUUCAGCACCUUGGGCCCCUAAAUCAUCCUUUCCCCACUGGGGUUGA